AUGGACAAGAGGGACAGGGCCAGGGCAGGGGCAGCUGCGCAGACCGCGGCUUCUCGCCCUCCUGGCCUUCGGAAAACCCCCAAACCUCCAGGGUCUCCUCGACCGCCUCCCCCAGUAACCCCCGCGGCCCUCCGAGUUCUGGGAGCGGCAGGAGCUGUGGGGCGAGGGCCCCUGGCGGAGCGAUCCGGGGCCGCCCGGGCAGCCGCUCUCCUGGAAGCCGCUCCUCCCGGGAGACCCGCGCGGACCGCUGGGACAGGUCCCGGAAGCCCAGCCUCCAGACCCCCAGGGGCGGAGAGAGGGGCGCGGACCCCCGCCAAGAGCCCUGGCCCAGGCUCCAUCUCUAGCCCGGGACGUGUCAGCGGGACCACCAGGCUAGGCCCGCUUGGGCAGAAAGGGCUCCGGCCCUCAGCUGAGGAACCUAUGGGCAGAGGAAAACUCCCAGAAACUUCCAGAAGGAGUGCCCUGAGUGCGGGGGCACGGAGAGACUCUUCUGAGCCCACCACAGGCGCCUCUUCCCCAGCCAUCUCCAGUCGGUAUCGGGGUGUGGGUGCUGAGGUGGGGCCCCCCCGGGCAGCUGCGAAUGCACGGCCGCGACCGCCGGCCGAAGUCCCCAGGAAGUCAGUGAGCAGUGCCCCGGAGCAGCGUAGUACCGCGGAGCCGAACCCCGCUGCCAGGAGGCGACCCAGUUCCGGCGGAGGCCUCCAGAGGCCAGCCUCGCGCCCCCUGGGAUCCGGCGCCACCCCUUUGUCCUCUCCAGCCCGCUCCCGGGCCUCGCUGGGUGGAACAUCCCGGACGCUGGGGCACCCCUCGCAGGCCAAGUCGAAAGGACUGCAGGCUCAGCGUCCCCCGCAGGCCGCACCCCCAAGGAAGGGCGCAGCCAUCCUUCAGAGCCUUUCCCCUCCUUUGGCCGGGUUCACCCCCUCGGCAGAGUACGUCCCCCACCCAGGUCUCUAUGGCUUUGCACCCUCUUUCAGCUCUCGCCUCUCCUUUGACUGCACCUCCUUUGUCAACUCCUCUGUCACCCGCCACGCCCCCUCUACAAGCGCCUGUCACUCAGGCAAGGCCACGCCCGAGGUACUGGCCACACCUCCCACGCAGGAGCCUCUUCGGGCCACAUCCACCUCGCAGGCUCCUCCCCUGGGCACACACCCUCUUCAGGCCACGCUCUCUCUGGUCCUGCCCCCUCUACAGGCCCCACCUUCUCUGGCCUCAACAGCUCUGCAAGCCCCACCCUCUCCUCUGGCCACGCCUCCUGAGCAGAGUGCCUCUUCUUUGGCCACACUUUCUCUACAGGCCAUGCCUUCUUUCCUGGCUAUGGCCCCUGCGCAGCCACAAACUCUGUCCUUGCCUCCUCUGCAACAAGACCCGCCCUCUCCCAUGGCCACCCCCCCUCCUCCGGCUCCCCCUUCUCUGGCCUUGCCCCCUCUGCAGGCUCCUCCCUCUCCUCCUGCUUCACCCUCUCUUCAGACGCCACGCCGGCCCCCGACCCCGGGUCCCGAUGCCCCGAUCCCGGGACCACGGCUGACGCUGGCGCUGGCCUCAGCCCCGCCGCCACCGCCCUCGCGCAGCCCGUCCAGUACGCUGAGCGGCCCGGACCUGGCGGGCCACAGCAGCAGCGCCACAAGCACACCGGAGGAGCUGCGCGGCUACGACAGCGGGCCCGAGGGCGGCGCUGCAGCCUCCCCGCCCGCCGACGCGGAGCUCGCCGCCUGCCACCCGGCUGCCUGGAGCCGAGGUCCCGCUCCGCCAGUGGCCGUCCGCGGCACCCCGGGAGUACCCCUGCCUUGGCCUCCGGCUGCUGGGUCCGGCUCUGCUGACGGCCUGUGCACAAUCUACGAGGCUGAAAGGCCCGAGUCGACGACCUCCGCCCCGGGACCGCUGGAUCCCGGGCCCGGGCCCGGCGCGGGUGGUGGGAAGGCGGCGGCCGGGGCAGGGGCGGGGACGGCCUCGCGCGGCGUGAAGCCCGCGCGCCUGGGGGAGCUGCCGCUGGGGGCUCUGCAGGCGAGCGUCGUGCAGCACCUGUUGAGCCGGACGCUGCUCCUAGCGGCGACCGAAGGUGCCGCUGGCGACCGCGGCGGUGGCCCGGGGACUGCUGGGGGUGGUGGCGGCGGCACGGCGGGUGCCCGGACUGCGCUCAGCGAUGCUGAACUGGGUCGCUGGGCCGAACUGUUGUCUCCCCUGGACGAGUCCCGCGCCAGCAUCACCUCGGUCACCAGCUUCUCCCCGGACGACAUGGCUUCCCCGCAGGGUGACUGGACCGUGGUGGAGGUGGAGACCUUCCACUGAGCCUGACCACAGCCCCGCUCACCGCACUCCGCCCCUGCCUCUGCGUCCGCCCCGCGGCUACGCCUCUUUGUCUUAGAUGCUGGUCCCCUCCUUCUGCAGUCCGAAUCUCCGUGCGUUGGUCUCAGCCCCUUAGAGCGAUGCCCUAGAAUUUUGUCCCAGGUUCGCGACACAUUUACACCUUCGGCCAAGGUCCUCCCCUCGAGCUUCGCCCCUUUGGCCUAGGACAUGCUCGGGCUUUCCCUCGAGCUCCGCUCCCUCCCUAGGCUUAGGCCCCAUCCCGUGUCCAGUGUAUUGUCUGC